AUGGUGAGAAUGUCCAGCUACGAUGAUGAUCCUAUAAUAGAAAUCUUUGAUAAUGAUAACAGCGAUGACAUUCAAGUCAUAAAUAGAGAUAAUACUCAAUAUGACCAGAACCUAAUGAAUUCUACCGGAAAUACGCCGCAUAAUUACUAUAAUGAUAUAUACGAUAACUCACAACAUGAACAUACCCAACAGAAUCGACAACAUCAGCCACAAGAACAACUAUCAUCACUUUCCUCAAUACUGCAACUGCAAGCAGAAACUCAUUCGAACCAACAGGAGCCAAGCGGAUUGACACCAAUAUUAUCAUCCAAUGAUUACAAUCAAUUGACAACGGUUAGCCAACCAAAAUAUACGACUUCAUUACCACCAUUGGCGCCGCUAUCAGAAUCUGUUAUACCGAAUAAUUUAAAUAUCCCACCCACGUUAUCGUUGCCAAAGGCCAGCGAAAGCCAAGAUAAGAAGACGAAUACGGUGACUACAACCACAAAAAAGCGCAAAGAAGCCUCCAGUUCGAAAACUAGACCUGCAUUUGUAAUGAAGAUUUGGUCAAUGGUGAAUGAUCCUGCAAACCAUGAUUACAUUAGAUGGAAUGACAAUGGGAAGACAUUUCAGGUAUUUCACAGAGAAGAAUUCAUGAAACUUAUCUUACCUAAAUAUUUUAAGCAUAAUAAUUUUGCCAGUUUUGUUAGACAAUUGAACAUGUAUGGGUGGCAUAAAGUGCAAGAUAUCAGUAAUGGUACUCUUAAUAAAGAUGACAAGUCGAACGAUGAGAUUUGGCAAUUCGAGAAUCCUUAUUUCAUAAGAGGUAGGGAAGACUUAUUAGAUAAAAUUGUUAGAAAUAAAACCAUUAGUCAGGAAUCGGACCACUUGGAAGCUGGAAAUCUCAAUUUUCAAUCUGUUUUGAACGAAUUGGAUCAAAUUAAGGUCAAUCAAUUUGCUAUAGGUGAAGACUUAAGAAGGGUAAGGAAUGAUAAUAAAACCUUAUGGCAGGAAAAUUUUUUGACUAGAGAAAGACACCAACAACAGGCUCAAACUUUAGAAAAGAUUUUAAAAUUCUUAGCUGCGGUUUAUGGUAACUCAGCAGGAAAAUUAUUGGAAGUUGAUAAUGGUUCAAUUGGCCUUGAUGAUUUUAAUUCCAAUAACCAGAUGACUACUUAUAAUUACCAGCAACCUCCACAAGCACAUAACCAAGCACCACACCAGCCUAUACAGGUCCCCUCAAUGACAGACCAGCCGUCACAGCCUCCCAGUCCAUUUAAUAGACCUCGUUUAAUGUUGAUGGAUCAAGCAUAUCAAAAGUCUCCAUCAAAUAAUCCUUCUCCUAGAGAAACAGCACAAAGGAACAGCAACAGUGGUUCAAUUGAGGAGAUUAUUAGGUCAUAUGAAAACACCCCUAAUGAUUCUCCUAAUAGUAAUGUAAAUAAAAUAUACCAGCAGUUAAUGAAUAAUGAACCCGGUGUUUCUUCUCCAAGACAUUAUUUCCCAGAGUUAAAUUCUCAAAAUAAUUCAUACUUUGGCGUACCUAAUACACCUGGGCAACAAUACAUCAAAUCUGGCACUCCAUUAGGUUCGUCAAAUAAUACAUCUGAAGUAAUGAAUGGAUUGGAGCAAAAUAUUUUUAAGCAGGGUCAGUCGAUCCAACAAGUUCAGGAUUGGAUUCAGAAAUUAGCAGCUCAGCAGCAACAACAGCAACAGCAACAACAACAAUUGCAAAAUUUGCAAAGCCUACAUCAGAAUCAUAAACAGAAUUCAGACGAUUAUGAAAAGCCUGAUAUAGAUGAGUUUGAUGUCAACGAAUUCUUGGAUAACUCUAAUGCUUCAAAUUCGCAGGCUAGUAACUCAGUGAACUCCGAUCUGAACGAUGCUUCGUCUAACAAAAGGUCGAUCGAUGAAGUUAAUGAUGGUAAUGCCAAGAGGAAAAAACAAUAG